AUGCUUAAAGCUGCAAGGACAGUCAUGUCUGCUCUCAAGCCUCCCCGACCCAUUGUCGCGGUGAUUGGCACGACUGGUGUCGGCAAGUCUAACCUCGCCGUCGCGCUCGCCCAAAGCCUCCCGAGUCUGAAUGGGUCCAACGGCCGCGGCGUCGUCCUCUCCGCCGACUCGAUGCAGCUAUACAAGGGUCUCGACGUGAUAACCAACAAGGUCACAUCCGAGGAGAUGGGUGGAAUCGAGCAUUGGGGACUAGACGUUGUCCAGCCCGGCGAAGGAGGAAGCUGGGAGCUUGGGACCUGGUGUACGGAGGCAGAUAAAAAGGCAUGGGAACUAUGCCAUGGGACGAAAGCUGACAUUCAGGUCGACGCUACACCUCUUUCUACACUCCCUAUUGUCUGCGGAGGCACUCAUUACUUUAUCCAGCACUUUCUAUUCCCUCCCACCGAGCUCUCGCUUGACAGGAACAAGGCCGACAGGAAGGACACGACCUUGCGGUGGACACCACCCACCGAAUGCCCUUCAGUGCCGGCGGACAUGGACCCAGAGCUUAAGAAGCUGCUUGACACGUUCUGGACCACCGAUGCCAUAUUCCCUGGGGAUGUCACCGACGCAGCUGCAAGAGACAGCGGCACUGGUACAUCCCGACACAUCUCCCGUCCGGUUGCCAGCAACGACCAGCAACUCCUUGCCAUUUGGAGGGUCCUUGAGGCUGUGGACCCCAAGGAGGCGGGUAGAUGGCACUGGCGUGAUGGCCGUAAGGUGAGACGAGCGCUUGAGCGUUGGUGGGAACGUGGGGGUGGUGAAGUCAAGAGCACCGAGGAGGUCCUAGGCAACGACGCGGGAAGCGGGAGGCGAGCGAGAUUCCGUACCCUCAUUUUCUGGGUCUAUGAACCGUUGGAUGCCCUCCGGCCAAGGCUAGAUAUGCGUGUAGACAAGAUGGUGCAGGUAAGAGAUUCCAUGCAAAUUCCACGACUGACAGAGGAGAACGGACUGCUGAAGGAGAUUGAGGAACUUCGUGGCAUUGCUUUGCGACUCUACGGGAGCGCAGACGCUAUUGACCAUGCUGAGGGCAUCUUCCAGUCCAUUGGGUAUAAGGAGUUUGCUGCGCUUCCUCUUCCCCAAGCCGAUCCCGCAUCAUCACCCCUCUACCCUUCUAUGCUGGCCCGCACCAAGACUGCCACGCACCAGUAUGCCAAGUCCCAGAUCAAGUGGAUCCAGAAGCAACUUAUUCCUGCCGCCCGAGAGGCACGCGCUCAUGGCGGUGAAGUCUACGUCUACGUGGUCCCUGGUGGCCCACCUGGAGAGCCAGUAGCUUGUGAUGUGCUCAGAGCAUUCUUGGCGGGAGAAGAACUGCCCAACGCGUCAAGCGUUGGACACAAGGCCUCCAGCGAGCUCCUGCGUACCCUCGGUGCGGCUGAGACGAAGGUUCCCGACACGGCCGAUCGUCAAACUCUCAAUUCGCGGCGCAUAUGUGACCUCUGCUCGCAGCCUGGACAGCCCUACUCUAUCAGGACUAGCGAGUGGGAGGAGCACCUACGAUCCAAGAUCCACAGGCGUCACUCCAAGUUUGUCUCCAUGACCCGCGAAGAGUGGAUCGCGAAGCAGAAGGCCGAGGGCAUCGCGCGCAAGGCUGAGCGCGAGCGGCUGCGCCAGGAGGGAGCAUUCAGUGUACCCCCACCCUCAUCUCCUCCUAGCAACUAG